UAUGUGUGUGUGUGUGUGUGUGUGUGUACAGAUAUUUUGUAUGCGUAUGUGUAUAUAAGUGGGCAUGCUCGACUAUUCUGGCUGUUGGUUAGCCCAAGUCCGGGAAGUGGUUCAAAGUGCGCGCGUUGCAAACGAAUUGGAAUUGAAAUCGGAAUUGGAAUCGGAAUCGAAUAAAUGUUUAAAGUGCAAAUAGCAAAUAGAAUUAAAACAGCAGCAACAACAAUUGCAUUUACCGUCUCAUUUUAUUAGUGGGCAAUACGAUCAAAUAAUAAAUUAAAAGAAGCGGCGACCGGAGCCGACACACCGUUUAUGCCCAAGUCGAAUUUUCUUCUUUUUUUUUAUAGGCGAAACAGUUAAACGGCGUAAUCUUAUCGGUGCUGAAGAAAUAACAUAAUAUCGGCAGAUCGGUGGGCGACCACUUGAUAAACAUGCACCAGCCGUGUCAGCCGAAGCAGCAAUUCGUGAUCGAGCAGGAGCAGCUGGAUCAGCUGGAGCCGGAUGACAGCUAUGCCUUCUGCCUGACAGAGGAUGUGCAGCUAUUUGAGCAGUUGGGCGAUCUGGAGGCCGACAGCGAUGUGCUGCUUUUGCCGGCAGCAGCUGCUGGCUUGGAUCUCGUGCAGCAGGCGCAGAAACCGACGAAACUGUCAAUUGGCAAGCCCAAGAAGACCCAGCCCAAGGCGAAGCGAGCAACGUCCACGAAACAGCAGGCGAUCAUCAUUUGCGAUCUGUGCGGACGCAGCUUCAGCGAUGCCUACGGCCUGCGCAUACACAAGAUGACGCACACGAACGAGCGCCCCCAUGUGUGCGAUGUAUGCGGCAAGGGAUUCCGCCAGCUGAACAAGCUACGCAUCCAUUCGGUCACCCACACCGACCAGCGGCCAUACGAGUGCGACAUCUGCGGCAAGGGAUUCCGAUUUGCCAACUAUUUGGCGGUGCACAGGCGCCUGCACACCGGCGAGAAACCCUAUCUAUGCACUCUGGCCAGCUGCAGCAUGUCCUUCCAUUCCAUACACGCGCGGCGAAUGCACAUGAAGCUGCAGCAUGCCAGCGGCAGCGGUAGGCACACUGCCGCAGAUAUUGAAGCAGAAGAGGAGCAGGAUCAGAAGGAACAGGAUGAGCAGAAAGAAAUGCGAACGGGCUACGCGGACACACACACAUCCUCGCUGAGCUAUACCUGCCCCAUCUGCGGACGUAUUCUAACGGAUCAGUGCUAUCUAAAUACGCAUUUGAAGCGACACUAUAAUCAGCGGGACUUCGCCUGUCCGCAUCCGGACUGCGGCAAGCGCUUUUUCAGCUCCUCGGAGCUGAACCAUCAUCAGAUUGCGCACACGCGAUUGCGUCCCUUUCGCUGUGCGCUGUGUGGAUCGUGCUUUUUGCGCAAAUCGAAUUAUAAACAACAUUUGAAGGUGCACAAAGUCAAAGGUUGCGAUUGAAUUGGGCGUUUGUUCUAAAAUAUAAGGUUUAUUUAAAUAUACGAUUUAUACAUA